AUGGCUAGUCCCAGCCAUCGCCGCUUUGGCUCUAAUGGCCAGCGCCAAAGCCUCGUCCACAACGAUGGCCUCGAGCUUGGGCCUGUUUAUAACAAGACCUACGGCGCUGAAGAGACGCUUCCUCCUCCAAACACCACCAGCGGCGAGUACAAACGAACCCAGUGGCGGCAAAGUGGUGAAGGCCAGAACAUGAAGCUCUUUAGGAUCAAGAGCGGCGGCGAAAGCGGCCGUAACGGAAUUCAUCCUUAUCACUUUCUGAGAAUCUGCUUUCGCUCUUCUUGCAAAGCCAGCGCAGCCGUCAAUAUCCUCUGGCCUAUUGUUCCCGUUGCUUUGGCUGUUCGGUAUUCUUUGCCAGAAAAACAUGUUCUCAUUUUCAUCCUCUCCUACAUUGCAAUGGCCCCUUGCGCCAACCUCAUUGGAUUCGCUGGCCAAGAGCUUGCUCGCAAACUUCCCCAUGUUCUCGGCGUGCUGAUUGAGACGACGGUUGGUUCUAUCGUCGAGAUCAUCCUCUUCAUGGUUCUACUAUCCAUGAAUCAGUUUCUUGUCAUAAAGGCCGCUAUCCUCGGUUCGAUUUUAGCCACUAUGCUUCUCUGCUUGGGCCUCUGCUUUUUCGUCGGAGGAUUAUACCAUGAGGAACAGAGCUUCAGCGAUACUAUUAGUGAGGCUGGUAGUGGCUUACUUCUCACAGCCGGCGUGGCAUUAGGCAUUCCCACAGUCUUUCAGCGAGGUCUCCCAGAAUCUAACCUGACAACUGAAGAGAUGGCCCACAAGACCCUAAGCAUUUCGCGAAUUGUAUCCGUCCUGCUCAUCAUUGCAUACUGCGUCUUUGUCUUUUUCCAAGCCCGGACGCACCACGGUCUCUACCAUGACAUUUUCGAAAUGGACGAAGAGCGCGACCGCGACGGCCACAAGGACGCCGCCAAGGACAAGCUCACCCUGAUAGAAUGUAUCGUUGCACUGAGUGUUGCCGUUGCACUUGUUACUUUGAUUGCAAUCACCCUUGUCUUGCAAAUCGAGCCCAUCAUCGAGCACUCAAGGGUGUCUGACGCUUUCAUGGGUCUUAUUCUGGUUCCUUUCGUCGAGAAAUUUGCCGAGCACAUCACCGCUAUUGACGAGGCGUGGGACAACCAGAUGAACUUUGCGCUGUCGCAUGUCCUGGGUGCCACUCUUCAGACGGCCCUAUUGAAUGCGCCACUGGUCGUCAUCGUGGCUUGGGGCCGCGAUAAAGCUCUGGAUCUAGACUUUGGCAUCUUUGACCUCGUCAUGCUUAUUCUCGCCAUUCUAACUGUUGGUCGAUUCUUGCAAGAUCAGAAGAGCAACUAUCUCGAAGGCUUCCUCUUGGUGGUUCUUUACGUGGCUAUCGCAGUCUCUGCUUGGUACUAUCCGAAUCCAGGCCACGAGGGAGCCGAAGGAUCUGGCUCUCCAGAAGGUGUAGAAGCUGGCGAGAAAUUCCGCCUUUUUUGA